AUGGCACCGCAAACAAAUGGGGAAGUGUUCGGUGAAACAAAAGAGACGAAAUACGAAUCACCUGAAAGUGUGUUGCCCGGCAAGAGUGUACAACAAAUCAAAGAGCUUAUAGACUCUGUGAAAAUCCUCUCGGCCGGAGAUAGUUUCAAAUACGCUGAUGGACUAUUUAAUGAAAUGACCCGCCUGAGACAAGCAGCUAAGGUGAAUGAAGAUGAGGUUGAGAAUCUACAAAGCCAGCUACAGCAAUCAAAGGCCAAAUCCUUGAUCGCUCACGAAGAAUUUUUCGAAUCCCACCAAGAAACCAUGCAGAGGAUCAAGGGAGAAAAAAAUGAGCUCCAGGUUAAGCUCGACCGUGCCGAAAAGGAGCUGGAAUCCCAAGAGAAGCUCAACAAGAAACAGUCCGAGGUCCGACGGGAGCUGCAGCUCGAAAUUGCGUCGCUUUCGAAUAAGAACCAAAGCCUACAGGAAUCAAUCUCGCGGACCCAAAGCAAAGUCAAAGAGCUUGAAAGUAAGUCGGCGGUAAAAGAGUCCACAAUUCUACAGCUCCAACAGAAGCUGGAGCAAAAAGAAGUUAUUAUCUCGAAUACCGAAGGGAGCACAAAGGCUCUGGAACGGGAGAAGAUAGACCUGAAAAAUCAGUUAGAUGACACUAGCAGAAAGCUCAGAGCGUUGAUGGACUUCUGUUAUCCUCUUUCUUCUGAAUCCCGCGACGAAGUGUUAGGCAUAAGAGCGUGGACAACGUUAAAACAGGUGCCGGAGGCGACAUAUGCGACUCCGGUACCCUACUCCAACACCCGUGCUGCUAAACAAAUGCGUACCUUCUUGGUGAUGGCAAUCCUGGCCCGCUCACUAACAAAUCACAUUUUCACUCCGACGUACAUCGUCGAAGAGGAGAGUGAAUUAAGAGAUCUAUUGUUUGAAAUAUCAGACAACGCAAGGAAAGAAUUUCUACGCGGCAUGAUCAUGUCCCUAUUCGAGAGAAAACAGAGAGAGAUCGCAACACAAAGAGUCUCUAUGGUGGUCCGAGAAGUCCUCAGCCCGGUCGAGGACCUUCUCGGGCUCGAUGCGGCGCAAAAGUUUGGCCGGGAGCUGAAGUCCAAGAUACAAGAGGCGGAAGACAUUUGGUGGGGCCUCCAGCGGCACAAGAGUCACUUUGAAGCCGAAGUUAAGUGGGAAACCGAGAGUUGGGAAUGCCAAUCCAUCCAAUUCUCUAAUGACAGCGACCAGAUGAGCUCACGUGGUGUGAAUGUCGAAGCGUUCGACACGGAUGAAGUUGUCCUAACCCUGUUCCCUAGAAUCUUCGUGGCGGACGGCUCAAGGGAUGUUCCUAUCUUUCCUGGUGUGGUUAUCCAGAAGUCGCAGACAGCGAGCGCCGAAGAAGAAAUAAAUCAGAUCGCUGCCUCCAGUCCAGUCGAAGUCAAACCGGGCCGAACUCAUCGAUCCGUGCGAUCAAGGAGAACGACUACAAAUGGCUCAGGAAAGAAUGCCAGAGAGGAAGGGAAGGCCCCUUUUUUAGGCUCAAGUGGCUAA